AUGAUUCAUAUCAUCAAAAUCGUACGUCCAUUGGGUAUGGAAAUCAUGUAUACUACUAUCGAAAGUCUCACUCGGAAUGGUCGAGAUCGAAGUUUGGACCAUAAGCUAUCAAACAUCUUUAUUCCAAAAGGAUCAUCUGAAGCUGAUGUUAUCAGUGCUGUGGCUCCUGCUGAAGACGAUAUCUGGCUAAAGAAGACAAGUUCUGGUGUGUUCAAUUCUACAAAUAUCGACUAUGUAUUGAGAAAUCUUGGUGUAGAAUUCCUUGUGGUUAUGGGUUUCUUAACAGAUCAAUGUGUUGAUAUGGCUGUACGCGAUGCCGCCGACAAAGGUUAUCAAGUGAUUUGUAUAUCAGAUGCCUGUACAACUCAUACUCAAGAGCGACACGAAAAUGCAUUGCGUGCUUUUGGUGGCUACUGUCGUAUUAUGACUACAAAUGAAUUUAUUCAAGAGAUUCAAGGUACUGUACUGCAAUGA